UCUUUGUCCUCGGCCAUUGAACUCUCUACAUUUCCUCCAUUUUCUCUCAAUUUUUCUUCAAUUUUCUUCAAUGGAUCCAGUUACAGUUUGGGGUAAUGAACCCCUUUCCACCGUCGACCCUGAGAUCCAUGACCUAAUUGAGAAGGAAAAACGCCGUCAAUGUCGCGGUAUUGAGCUUAUUGCUUCUGAAAAUUUCACUUCAUUUGCUGUGAUUGAAGCUCUUGGAAGUGCUUUAACCAACAAAUACUCAGAGGGUAUACCCGGAAACCGUUACUACGGUGGUAACGAAUACAUUGAUCAAAUUGAAAAUCUGACAAGAAGUCGAGCUCUUCAAGCUUUUCAUCUUGAUCCAACUAAAUGGGGUGUUAAUGUUCAGCCGUAUUCAGGUAGCCCUGCUAAUUUUGCUGCUUACACUGCUGUUUUGAAUCCACAUGAUAGGAUUAUGGGAUUGGAUUUGCCUUCUGGAGGUCAUUUGACACAUGGGUAUUAUACAUCUGGUGGGAAGAAGAUCUCUGCUACUUCGAUUUAUUUUGAGAGCUUGCCAUAUAAGGUGAAUUCGACAAAUGGGUAUAUUGAUUACGAUAAGUUGGAAGAAAAGGCUUUGGAUUUUAGGCCAAAAUUGAUUAUUUGUGGAGGAAGUGCUUAUCCAAGAGAUUGGGAUUACAAGAGGUUCAGAGAGGUUGCUGAUAAAUGUGGGGCGCUUUUGCUUUGUGAUAUGGCUCACAUUAGUGGUCUUGUUGCUGCUCAGGAAGCGGCAAAUCCCUUUGAAUAUUGUGACUUGGUCACUACCACCACACACAAGAGUUUGAGGGGUCCAAGGGCCGGUAUGAUUUUCUACCGCAAGGGCCCUAAGCCACCAAAGAAGGGCCAGCCUGAGGAUGCAGUUUAUGACUUUGAAGACAAGAUCAACUUUGCUGUUUUCCCCUCCCUCCAGGGUGGUCCCCACAACCACCAAAUCGGUGCGCUUGCUGUGGCUCUGAAACAGGCUGCGACUCCUGGAUUCAAGGCUUAUGCUAAGCAAGUGAAGGCCAAUGCAGUUGCUCUCGGUGACUACCUGAUGAGCAAAGGAUACAAGCUUGUAACUGGUGGGACUGAGAACCACCUUGUCCUUUGGGAUCUUAGACCUCUUGGUUUGACUGGUAACAAGGUUGAGAAGCUUUGUGACCUUUGCAACAUCACUGUUAACAAGAAUGCUGUUUUUGGUGACAGCAGUGCUUUGGCCCCAGGAGGUGUUCGUAUUGGUACUCCUGCCAUGACAUCAAGGGGAUUGGUUGAGAAAGACUUUGAGCAAAUCGCUGAGUUCCUCCACAGGGCUGUUACGAUCACCUUGAACAUCCAGAAGGAGUACGGAAAGCUAUUGAAGGACUUCAACAAGGGUCUUGUUAACAACAAGGAAAUUGAAGAACUUAAGGUUGAUGUCGAGAAAUUCUCAGCCUCUUUUGACAUGCCUGGGUUCAAGAUGUCCGAGAUGAAGUACCAGGACUAAAACUUGCAAUAUGCAUCACAACUGCUCUACGUUUCCCGGUUUGUUUCUUUUGUUUGGAUGGAAGAUUUUUUUUUCUCAACGAGUUUAAUUCAAUUUAGACCAAAAAGAUGAUGGUUUUACCUCUUAAUUCUGCACUUGGUAUUGUAGAUCAUUGGAUCUUGUCUUGCAAGAGAGCUCUUAAGUGGUCUUUCUGGCUUUCUAAAAUUACCAAAUACUUGUAGUUUCCAAAAGAAAUAAUACCAAGAGAAUAUGUUGUUUCA